CAAACCACGGCCGUAGCUGCUGUUGCUGCCGCUCCAUGUCGCAGCUCAUUUCGCUCUAUCCGCCACCUGUUGGCGCCUCUACCUGCCUCCCUCCGCGCGUUUCCUCCUCCUCCUCCUCCUCCUCUCUUCCUAUUCUCCACCUCUCGUCCUCUGAUCGUGGACGACAACCCCGAUUCCCCGCCAUCGCUACCAAGGCUAAACCAAAUAGGCGCGCCAAAACCCUACUAGAACCCCAAGAGGUCUCCGAGAUCGGGGAUGAAGACGACGUCGAAGACGAAGGAGGAGGAGUUGAUGCUUUCCCUUUUGGUGAUGGGUUUACGGCGGAAGAGGGAGGAGGUGGAGAAGAAAAUAGCGAGGGAGACGAGGACGGGGUCUUGAAUUCGUCGGGUGGGUACGGAGGAAGAGGCGACGGGAAGGAUUACGACAAAGACCCCGAGCUGGCGGAGAUCCUCGCCAGCUGCUUCGAUGACCCCCAGAAGGCCCAGUCUCGAGUUGAGGAGAGGAUAAGGAGGAAGAGGGAUAAGAUACUGCAUUCCAAGACCGGCUCUGCUACGCCCAUGAAAGUCACAUUCAACAAGUUUCACUAUUCAAACUCCUAUAUAUGGUUUGAAUUCUACAAUGCUCCAUUAGCAAAAGACAUAACUUUAAUCUGCGAUACUAUUCGGUCUUGGCAUAUAGUUGGCCGCCUUGGUGGGUGCAACUCGAUGAACAUGCAGUUAUCACAAGCACCUCUUGAGAGUAAAAGACCAAGUUAUGAUGCUAUUCAAGGAGCAAACAUUACCCCAACAACAUUUUAUAACAUUGGGGAUCUCGAGAUCCAAGACAAUUUGGCACGGAUAUGGGUAGAUAUCGGUACAAGUGAACCAUUACUUCUGGAUGUACUAAUUAACGCGUUGACCUGCAUAAGCUCAGAUUAUGUCGGGAUCAAACAGGUGGUCUUUGGAGGUUCAAAUUUUGAGAAUUGGAAGGAGAACUUGACAUCAGAGGAUGCCGGUUACAGCAUCCACAAGAUCUGACUUGCGUUCAAUGGAGGCGAUUGGCCAUGAAAUAUUUUUAUAAUAUAGAUACUUUGUUGUUGUUUGAAUGACAAACAUAUAAUCCUGUGAUCGGAGGUUCUUCAGACUAAAAAAGAGGAGUACAGUUUCUGUCUACAGCACAUUUAUCAGCCACAUCUCUUGCUUAGUGAUUGAUAAACUGUGUGAAAAAGCAUUUGUAAUUGUUUCAGCUUUGUGUAUUUGUUGUGAUGUGUGGUCUAGAAAAAUGAGAUGUGGAUAUAUAUACAUGUCAUCGUCUCGCAUACCUAUUCAAACUGGUCAUCAAUCAACACAUAAGAUUGAUUAGCCUUGCCUAUU